AUGGCUGGUUCGCAGAAUCAACCCCCCACCGCAGCCACGGACGCUGUCCUGGUAUCAUCCGAUGAGAUGCCGAAAGAUGCCCAGAAAGUUGAAGAGCUCGAUUUCAACAAACUCAAGCGGCCCAUCACCGCCGAGGACCUUCUAGACGGAAUGCGCCAUAUGGGAUUCCAGGCCUCUUCCAUUGCGGAGGCCGUGCGCAUCAUCAAUGACAUGCAUGUCUCCUGCAUCGUGACAUCGGCCGGAGGUGUGGAGGAGGACUUCAUCAAGUGCCUAGGCGAUACCUACAUGUCAUCAUUCAGUGAAAGGGGCGCCGAAUUGCGACGCAAGGGCCUAAACAGGAUUGGAAACCUCAUCGUGCCAAACGCCAAUUACUGUGCCUUUGAGGAUUGGGUCGUCCCCAUCCUAGACAAAAUGCUCGAGGAGCAAGAAGAGACGAAGAACUCGGAAGAGCCUAUCAAGUGGACGCCAUCCAAAGUCAUUCAUCGCCUAGGGAAGGAGAUAAACGACGAGAGAUCGGUAUCCUCACCCAAGGCCCUUACCAUCGACAUAGUCCAGGACAUCCGAGCGAUAAAUACCAUAUCGGUGAGGGCGAAGCGGGCAGGCAUGAUCAUUCUCGGAGGAGGCGUCGUCAAGCAUCAUAUCGCUAACGCAUGUCUCAUGCGCAAUGGUGCGGAACAUGCCGUUUACAUCAACACUGGUCAGGAGUUCGAUGGCAGUGAUGCCGGUGCGCGUCCCGACGAGGCCGUUUCGUGGGGCAAGAUUAAGAUUGGGGCGGACCAUGUGAAGCAUGAUGGCACCGAUGACCUGUCUAUCAACAACACAUUCGCCCGGCGCGUUUUAACGCUUCUCGCUCUUAAAUCUACUGCGCGCUUCUAUCACUACGAUGGCCCCUGUGUUCCCAUUUCCAAGAACCACAUAGUCAAGACUGGUCCGUUCGUUCACCUCAUGGAAGGUGCUACGUUGAGCUUUGUCGCUGCGAACACCUCGAUUCCGGUGCCGCGUGGAAUCACACUGGCAGAGGCAUAUGCGUCUCUCUCCGAUGCCGAUCGCGAGAGUGUCCUGGCACAACUUCGGGCUAUGCUGCAGGAGUUGAGGAAGCUUCCUGCCCCCGCUGGCGCUGGCGUGCAAAGCUGCGUUGGAGGGUCUUUGCGGGAUUGCCGUAUUCCCCACUGCAGACCGCGCUUUGGGCCAUUCGACACCAUCCAAGACUUUCAUCUCUGGCUACGUGAAGGACUUCGUCCGGAGGACCACCCGGUCCGGGCCGCCAAUGACCAGGAAUGGGAGGAUAUUAAGGAGAUGGUAGCUAAACAGGACGGACCAUGGCCGGCACCUGUCUUUACGCAUGGAGACUUGAACCCAUUCAAUAUCAUAGUCCACGAGAAACGGCUUGUCGACAUCAUCCGCAAGGUACCCGUCGUCCAGAACGACCCAAACUGGCGGUGCCGCACCUGGGUGUCUGCCGUUCUGUCGAGUCUUCAAAAGGAUGGCAAAGCUGUGGGGACAUCGCAGCUGGACUGGGCAAAGAUCGAGGCGCUGGCGAGGGAGUACGUGGCAAAGAAGAUGGCGGCCGGGCGAUAUUUGAAGGCGGAGGAGAUGUUGUUGCCGAAGCCAACGUGGGACAUGCUUGAAGAGAAGGAAAUUAUAUCCUAA